CAGGGAGUUUUGGAGAGAAGCUGGACUGUUUUUUCCUCUCGUGAUUUACCGAAAAGUUUACAGCCAUCAUGAAUGAUUUCAAACUUUUUUCUUCACUCCGCGUCAAUCGGAUUACGUUAUGCACGCCAUGGUAGCGUCGCUUUAACGUGAAUAUGGAUUUGAUAAGGCGAAAAAGUUGAAACUUUUUCCCCUUCUACGGAUCGCGCACAAUGGAGUGGAGACGCUCGUGGCCCGUGUUCUGCCUCGCGCUCUCCCUCACCAUGCGCCUCACGAGCGCGUCCGGUGAGCUCCGUUAUUCGGUACCGGAGGAGCAGAAACCGGGGUCCGUCGUCGGGAAUAUCGCGAGGGAUUUGGGUCUCAGCGCUCAGAGGAUUACAGAGAGAAACCUACAUGUCAUGUCGGAAGCUAACGCGCAAUAUUUCGAGGUGAAUCCAUCUAACGGUGCCUUAGUAAUUAGAGAGACUGUUGAUAGGGAGCGCAUAUGCGCGUUAAGUUCGACAUGUUCGUUGCUCCUGCAAAUCCUCCUUCAAAACCCGCUGGAAAUACGCCGAGUUCUUGUUGAAGUUGAGGAUGUGAACGACAACGCGCCGCAGUUUCCAAACGCGAAUUCGUCACUGGAGAUAUCCGAGGCAGCCGCUCCCGGAACGCGGUUCCGCCUGGAGAGCGCGCACGAUCCCGAUGUGGGAAUUAAUUCUCUGCGCACGUACAGCCUCUCCACGAGCGACUAUUUUGUUUUGAACGUUGAAACAAAAAGCGACGGCAGUAAAUUUCCAGAGCUCGUUUUGGAAAAGCCUUUGGACCGUGAGGCGCAGGCCGCGUUCCGUCUUUUGCUCACUGCCGUGGACGGGGGACAACCGGAGAAAUCCGGGACCACACUUCUGCUUAUUAAAAUUCUGGACGUGAAUGACAAUGCGCCAGUGUUUGACGAGCCGGUGAAAAGGGUUAGUCUUUUGGAAAACUCUCUUCCAGGAACGCUUGUGACGCAACUGAACGCCACUGACGUAGACUCUGGGAUAAAUGGUAAAAUAUCAUACUUAUUCAGUAAAUAUACUCCGGAAAGAAUACUUAAAAUGUUCAGUGUGGAUUCUAAAACGGGGGAAAUCCGUGUUGUGGGGGGUGUGGAUUAUGAGGAAGCGAAUGUGUAUGACAUCACAGUUCAAGCCAGGGAUGGUGGCUCUCCUGCCAUGGAGGGUUCAUGCAACAUCAAAGUGGAAAUAAUCGACGUGAAUGAUAACACUCCGGAGGUGACAUUAACCUCCCUCACCAGUCCUAUCCAAGAGGACGCUGAAAUUGGCACUGUUAUCGCUUUAAUCAGUGCGAAAGACUUGGAUUCGGGGGACAAUGGUAAAGUGACACUUCAGGUAUCUCAAGGUCUUCCAUUUAAACUAAAAUCCGCCUUUGGGGAGCACUACACACUUGUAACUGAAGGACACCUAGACAGAGAAACGGUGGAGGAAUACAUCGUUGUUGUCACCGCAACUGACUCCGGCUCGCCUCCUCUAUCCUCUCAGAAAACUUUUACGGUCCGUCUCUCUGACGUCAAUGACAAUGCUCCAAUGUUCUCGCAGUCUUCGUACUCUGUGGAUGUAGCUGAGAAUAAUGCGCCUGGAACGCCAAUAGUGACCGUUGCGGCAUCAGACCCAGAUGUUGGUGAUAAUGCACGUCUUUCGUACUCCAUUUUACCCACCACCAUCCACGGCAGCCCUGUAUCCUCAUACGUCUACAUUAACCCCGAGAACGGGAAUGUAUUCACCAUGCGCGCUCUGGAUUACGAGCAAAUGAACGCGUUCAAGAUCGAGUUGCAGGUACGCGAUGCUGGAAUGCCGCAGCAAACAUCUAACAUCACCGUGCACGUUUUCGUGAUCGACCAAAACGACAACCCACCUGUCAUCCUUUAUCCCACCCACUCCGAGGACUCCGGUCUUCAGCUGACCGUACCACAAUCUGCACCCGUUGGGCAUCGCGUGAAUAAAAUUGUCGCCGUCGACCCUGACAGCGGCCACAAUGCCUGGCUGUUUUAUACCAUUGCGCCAGGGGACGACUCCUCGCUUUUUCACAUCGACAUCCAUACGGGCGAACUGCGCAUUGCUCAGAAGCUCAUGGACGAUGAAUCGGGUGGCAAAACUAGCCCGGCCUACAAUUUCAUUGUGGUGGUACGGGACAAUGGCGAGCCGGCUAUGUCCACCAGCAUUGCGGUUACAGUUACCAUAGAAGAGACAAGCGCAGACAAAUCCACAGACUUCCGAACGACAACAUUUUCGCGCAAGGGGACAGGAAUGACAGAUGUUACCCUGUACCUCAUCAUCUCCUUGGGAUGCGUAACCCUGGUGUCUCUGCUGACCAUGGUGGUGCUUUUGGUACGGUGCAUCAGGCAGAAAGGUGGUUCGGGGUGCUGCUACUCUAGAACAGGCUUCCGUUCCAGGCACACCUACCAGCAUAGAACCCAUAAAGAUCUUCAUCUCAAACUAAACACUGAUGGACCCAUUAGAUAUAUGGAGGUGGUAGGAGGCCCUCAGGAACCCAACACACGGACCUACAGGCCUUGCUAUUCCACUCUUUCCAGCAGGAGUGACUUUGUGUUUGUCAAAACUCCCAUGUUGAGUCAUAACAACACACUAAACAUGACUUUGACUAGGAAGCACUUAAUGAACUCAGCCAAUGAGCAGAAACCGCCCAGUGCAGACUGGCGUUUCACCCAGAAUCAGAGGCCUGGACCCAGCGGGGCUGCUGCCACUCCUGAAGUUGCCGUGGGAACAGGUCCCUGGCCCAACCCCCCAACUGAGGCCGAGCAACUCCAGGCGCUGAUGGCCGCUGCUAAUGAGGUAAGUGAGGCGACAAACACUCUGGGACCGGGCACCAUGGGUCUGAGCACCCGCUACAGCCCACAAUUCACCCUGCAACAUGUCCCUGAUUACCGGCAGAACGUCUACAUCCCUGGCAGCACCGCAACCCUGACCUCCAACCCGCAGCAGCCCCAGCAGGCCCUGCCACCGCCCCAGGCCACCGCCGCCCAAGCUGAGCCACCCAAAGCCGCCCAAACCCCCGCCAGCAAGAAGAAGUCCACCAAGAAGGAAAAGAAGUAGAGAAGAUUAGGGAGUGGUAGAUGAAGAAGGAGGGGUGUAUAUAUGGAUAAGUUUAGGGUUAGGGAGGUCGACUCCAUCCUGUGGCAUCUGGAGGUUUGCUGGAAAUCUGUAACUAGUUGACUUAGACUUACAGUAUGUCGAAGUAAACACACCUCUAACACUUGGUUUCUGUAGCGAUUAGUGCGUGUUUACUGCACAAGUACUGUAAAAAUAAUUUUCAUGUUGAAGUUCCGAUUCCUUUCAAUUUCCCGAAUCUCGCAGAAUGUUUCAAACAGUGAAAAAGUUUUCAUAUUUUCAUUCUCACUUUUGCCAAGUUUAUGCAACACUAUAUUCCUGCAUAUAUCUAGCCAAUAAUGUAUUUAACAAUACUUUACCAUGAUCAUGUUAAACCGUUCCAUUGCACCUGGACGGAAAGCAGAAAUGUGUUAUGAUUAUUAUACCAAUCAUGUUUUUAUUGUUUAUACAAAGACACAAUGACCAUGCAUUUCUUUACAUGCCCAGUAUGCUGUUGCAAUGUUUGCUAAAUGUAUCAUUAUUACUUUCUUCAUACCUUUUUUUUUUUAUAAAGGAAUUUUGCUUAAGAUUGUCAUUACCUAAAAUACCACUAUGGACUUUUCCAAAUCCAUUGAUUAGUUUAUGAGAAGUGUUACCAUAUAAGUCAGUUGAUCUUUGCUGCAUGCUGGGUUUUUUUUUGUUUUGUUUUGCGCUAUAGAUAAUCUACACAUCACCUGACGCCUACAAAUCUACCAACUUCUCAUGGAUGUGACCUUUAAUGAAAGCCAGAUGUAUUUUCUUUCAAGUACUCUUAAGAAUGGAUUCUGAGCCAGAGUUUGGUUGUUUUCUUAGAACAAUUGUGACUCUUCUUGUCCGAGCCGUAAUGGGAGAGUUGAGAUACCAGUUUCCCUGUAAGUCCACAGUGGUGGCCGUAUCUUCUGUAGUAUUCAGUAUUUUUUCUGAUUAUCCUGAAGUGUUGAAGUUCUCUUUAUCAGUGCUGGUUGUAAUUACACGAGUUAGUAAUGAUACUCAUUACAGGCAUCUGCUGUUUUAAAAUAAUGCUGAAAUGUUUCUUAAACUGUCCGUCCGUGAUGAAGCCGCCCUGUAAUAACAAUUCAGAUCCACAGAGAUUGAGAUCUAGUGAUCUAGUGAGCUGCCUACUUAGACAGCAUUUUGAGGUGUCAUAGGCAUGCUCCAGACACUGUUCCAAAAGGUAGGUAGUUUAAUUAUAAAUCAUGCUGUCUUCUAAGACAUCAUCUUUUGGCCACAUUCAAGAGUUGAGAGAAGUUACCAUUACAAGAAUCUAAGUAUCAAUUUAAUUAGUAGGCAGCUCACUGGGUAUUAGAACAGAGCCAUAGACAAGAGGGAGAAAUGUGAGUUAGAACAAUCUUACACGUACUGAAUGUACAGGAAUGACGUUAACCGUUUUCACAUAGUACAAACCAAACGAUUAAGACCAGAGUCAGCUGUUUGCGCAGAUACCACUUUGGAAAUGAGGUGAAACUUCUUACUGAUAAUCCAUCCAAAUACAAAUUUGCAGCUGUGUUCGUACCCUUGUUGGCAUGACACUCUUUUGUAAAUAGCAAUCAUCCCUUAAAAACACAAAGAAAGCCUUUAUACCCAGCUCAAAGGAAUGGCUUACUACUGGAAUGUGUCACAUUAUUUUGCUUUUCAGAAAAAGAAAAAAAAAGACUAUAAAAACACAUUUGAAAUACUAAGUAUGUGUAGUUAUUAAGUAUAUGUGUAGUUAUUUAGUACAAUGAAGGCUAACUAACGCACCUGUAAAUAAAGAGUUUAACUUUUACUUACGGAAAUUAAUAGUGACACUCUUAGUCUAGAAGUUGUGAUGUUAUGCAUAUAUUUUUGUGUUCAUCCUUUCUCUUCUUUUCCUGUCUGACUUCUUUCUCUUUCCAUGAAAAGACAUAAUUUUGCGUAUAUCUGUUGUGCUUACAUGUGCGAAUGCUUCUUAAUGUCUAUAUGAAGAAUCUGAAUAGAUCUAUAUAUCUGUAUGUGUGUUCUGAUGCUAUAAUCCUGCUGUAACAUCUCUUAAAACGCUUUGAUUCCCUCCUCCUGUGUGCUACCCGCAUUUUAUAUGCUAAUAUUUAUAUUGCAGUUUUAUUUUUUCUCUUCUUGAACACUGACAUUUCAAAUUAAACGUUCUCAAACCAUUCA